GAGAUGGACACGCACAGGCGUGUGUUUGCGUCAUGGGGGCGGGGCUUCGUCAGCGCGUACCAAGAUGGCGGCAGCCACUGCUCUCAGUUUGGACAGUUUACCGUCCGACCCUUUGCUUUUGAUUCUGUCGUUUCUUGACUUCAGAGAUUUGGUCAGUUGCAGUCUUGUAAGUCGGCGUCUGAAUGAGCUGACAGGUCACAACCCUUUAUGGAAGAGGCUUUGCCUGAAGCACUGGCUUCUCACUGAAGCUGAUAAGGGUCAGAGAGGGCAGAGCUGGCGAGAAUUGUUCCAAGACUUUUACGCUGAUCUUGGUCGCUAUAUAGAUUACUACAGCACACUGAAGAAAGCCUGGGAUGAUCUGAAGUCCUAUCUGGGUCAAAAAUGUCCACGGAUGAUUGCCUCUCUUAAAGAGGGCGCAAAAGAGGAAGAACUGGAUGCUAUUGAAGCCCAAAUCGGCUGCAAGCUCCCCAACGACUACCGCUGUUCCUACAGGAUACAUAAUGGACAGAAGUUGGUGGUACCUGGGUUAAUGGGCAGCAUGGCUUUGUCCAAUCACUAUCGCUCAGAGGACCUGUUGGACAUCGAGACAGCAGCAGGGGGAUUUCAGCAGAGGAAGGGCAUGAGGCAGUGCCUCCCCCUCACCUUCUGUUUUCACACUGGACUUAGCCAGUACAUGGCCUUAGAAAACAUAGAGGGACGCACACGCAGCGAGAUCUUCUACCAUUGUCCGGAUCAACUAGCACAAGAUCCAUCUGCUAUUGAUAUGUUCAUCACAGGGUCCAGCUUUACUGAAUGGUUUACCUCAUAUGUUCAAAACGUAGUGACUGGAGAAUACCCGAUCAUCCGGGACCAAAUAUUCAGGUACGUCCAUGAUAAGAAGUGUGUGGCCACAACUGAUAACAUAACCGUCUCAGUCUCCACCUCUUUCCUACCUGAGCUCAGCUCCGUCCACCCACCACACUUCUUCUUCACAUACAGAAUCAGGAUCGAGAUGGCAAAGUCAGCACUUCCAGAGAGCGCAUGCCAGUUGGAUAGUCGCUACUGGAAAAUCACCAAUGCGAACGGGAAUGUGGAGGAGGUUCGAGGUCCUGGUGUUGUGGGGGAGUUCCCAGUGAUGACCCCUGGUAAAGUGCAUGAGUACGCCAGCUGCACUACAUUCUCCACCACAUCUGAGUACAUGGAAGGCCACUACACCUUUCAUAGGCUCAAAAAUAAAGCGGAGGUUUUUGACGUCUCCAUUCCAAGAUUCCACAUGGUGUGCCCACCCUUCCGUGAGUCCAUGGUGCGCUCGAGCUCUGUGAGAGAAGCGCCCAUUGCUGUCUUUAACAACGAUAAUGACUCCGACACAGAUAACUAUGAGGACGGACAGCUGCUUGGUAUGAACCUGGCUGAUCCUGGAGGACGCUGUCCUCGUCACAUCUGACAUACAUAUUCUCUCUCUCUCUCUGUCUAACACACACACGCACACACACGCACAAACACACAUGCGCACACAGCAGUCCAGGGGCAAAGGAGAGCAAUGCUUAGACAAUUGUUUAUUAUACAAAGGCUUUGUGUCUGUCCUCCCAUGAACCGUACUCCCCUCUUGACACACACGCACACACACACAAACACAUACAUACACUAGGUUUGUGGUUUUAUUUGCCUUUAGUAUUAGUAUCAUCCAAGGACUUUACAUUGAACCAAAAUUACAGCGACAGCUUUUCCAUAAACACUCUAGGCAACUCGCUGUACUAAUGUUCUAUAAGAGAUGUUGUGUUAAGCAAUUCAAAGUUUUGUUCAGAUCAAAUUAGAAAAAAUGUAUUGGAUAUUAAGUAGGAUGUGUAAUAUGUCGUGGGUCAGUGAAUCAGCUGGUACUAGGGGACAGACAAGAGACGUGAGAGAUCAAAUCUACAAAAAGCACAUUUUUCUAAAUGAACCAGUGAUUACACACUGACCGAUUUGACAGUCCAACUACACACAUCUCUCCACCACCACUAGCAGAAUGUCUGUAUUUACUUUUCUGUGAUUAAUUCAGUUGGACAUGUUAAUUCAAGUACGUGUUAAUGUGUGUCUAUCAAAUUUAUAUAUAUAAUUAGAACGUUACAGAUUACAGAGAAAACAUUUACUGAAAUAGAGAAAGGAGGGAAAAUGUACACUCACACACCCGCAUGCACACACACACACACACAUGUUUGAACUGGACUACACUUUUUGUAUAUAGACCUUUUCUGUAUUUGCAUUUAGCCUUGGGAAUUUACACAUUGGAACAGAUAUUUGUCUUUUUUUCUCUCCUUUUCUUACACACACACAAACACAAUCAUUCGUGAGCCAUUUCUAAAUAAGGGCAGCAUUAGUCACUAAUUCACCUUAAGGAUGAUAAGAUUCUGAUUAUUGUUAGUAAUAAAAUUACAAUUUUUCUGCUUUUUGUUGUAAAAUUCUGGAGUGCAAUAGGGUUUUCAAGUUCAGUACACUCUUAUUUGUAAAUGUGUUUUUUAUGUUUGGCUAAAUAAACAGAAAACUAUGAACAUUA